AUGCCCAGCAGCUUUGAUGAUUCCCCUGAGCCCGACCCAUUGCUGGGGUCUGCACCACCACCAGCUCCUGGCACCAACAGCAGCCUGCACCGGGCACUCGUGGUGCCAACUAGAGAUGCUCCCUGGGAUGAGACUGAUUCCCCAGAUCCUGACCUGCUGCUGAGCCCUUCCUCACCACCAGCUCCUGGCACCAACAGCAGCCUGCACCAAGCACUUGUGGUGCCAACUAAAGAUGCUCCCUGGGAUGAGACGGAUUCCCCGGAUCCUGACCUGCUGCUGAGCCCUUCCUCACCACCAGCACCCACCAACGCCAGCCUGCACCAGGCACUUGCAGCAGCAAACACAGCGGGUCCCCAGGAUGAGACUGAUUCCCCAGAUCCUGACCUCCUGCUGAGCUCUGCGCCAUCGGCAGCACCUGGCACACGGACACCCCCCCAAACCAGCACCACCACCCUCAGCUGGCUCACGUCGCUCGGCGAGGAGGGGACGGCGACCAGUGACACGGACAGCAGCUCGGCGACCCCCCCAGGCCCCAUCCCCACCACCACAGGCUACAAGAAUGUCAGGAAAGCCGGAGGCUCCACCACGCCGACUCGUUCAUCCCCUUGGGACACGAAGGCCGGAGGGACGGCCGUGCCGCUCCCCUGGGACCCGGGCAGGGUGAUGAGCAAGUGCCUGCUGGCCAUCCUGCUGCUGGCCCUGGUGGCUGCCACCUUCAUGGUGUGCACGGGGGUGCUGGGGGCCCUGCUGUGGCGGCGGGCGCGCUCGGCUCGCCGCAGGCUGGGCCCCACCGAGAUGGUCUGCAUCUCCUCCCUGCUGCAGGACGGGGUGACGGCCACCAGCGGCCCCCGGCCCCUCCCCGCCCGGCGCCACAAGCUGCUGCUGGACGGCGGCCCCGAGGCUGACGGGGACAACCUGACCCUCAGCAGCUUCCUGCCCGAGCAGCCCUGAGCCGGGGGUCCUGCAGCC